AUGCUCCCCGAGACCACUUCACUCCUCGAGGUAUCACAAGAGAUUCGAACCAUCGUCCUCGAAGUAGUCUUCGAAAACCUCAUCGUCUACUCUAGCUCAAUCGGACAACUUGCACGAAGCCUUCGCCGUCUAUCCCGGUACUACCAACUGUCGAAGGACGCCGGGGUCCCAACUACCGAAAGGAGUGCGGUUCUGGCGCAGAUCUACCGCAGGUUUCCUCUGUAUUUCCCCGAGUUGGAUCGGUUCGCGAUGAUGAGUCAUGGACUACGGCACCUCCACAUACAAUUCGACUGGCUAGAGAGUCUCCAUUUCUUCAAAGUGUCCGCCGGGACUCUUCCCCUGUACCGUGGGCGAGACUUGGCAACAGUGGAAUACUUCGAAAGACUACCCAAUUUGAGAAGGGUUGACAUUGUUCUCCCUAGCGGUUGGUGGAAGGACAGAUGCUCGCACACGCAACCGGGCCCAAGAUUGUUCCACGAGGAUGACCCAUGUCCUCGGGCCCUCCAUAGGUUCAUUUACGAAAGCAUAGCGGAGGAAUUAGUCAGUGUCCGGGAACUUCAUGUGACUGGAUUUGUGGACGAAACCGAGGAAGAGAUGUUCUGGAAGGCAAGACAGUCCGCCAAAGAGAGGUUGAAGAUUACACGUUUGGAAGCCCGCGAAAUGUACAUGGACCUAGAGGGUGGUGUUCCCGUCCACACUCAUGUCGAAAUGCUUCUGAGGAAUGUCCAGAGUGUCCGGUCGCACAAACCUCGUGGACGCAAAGAGUAUUACCGGUAUGCGGGCGUGGAAGAUGAGGUGUUUCCGCCGCGAUGCCAAUGCGAGGUUCCGUGCAAGGAAGCAUUUCCGGAUAUGGAGUUUGCCUGA